AUGUUUGCACCGGUAAAAGAUACAUUCUUAUAUUUUGCGUAUGGAAGCAAUUUGUUGAAGAAGAGAAUUCAUAUCAAUAACCCUUCUGCCGAAUUUAUUGGAAUUGGACGACUUGACAAUCAUCUUCUGGACUUUAUGAAAUACAGUGACCAUUGGAGAGGGACAUCAGCGACUAUUGUUCCUAUUCAAGAUUCUCAUGUUUGGGGAGCUGUGUGGAGAGUCCAGAACAAAGAUAUGCCUUCACUAGACUGGCAAGAAGGUGUGGAUACAAAUUGGUAUUUCCCAAAAACAGUUGACAUUGUGACACUCGAUGGAGAGACUGUUCAAUGCAGGACAUAUCAACAGACAGUCAAUCCACCACCUAGAAAAGAAGAUGAACUGUUGCCAGAAGAUAGACUGCCUUCAUCAACAUAUUUGGAGUGUAUUUUGAAAGGAGCUGAGGAAUGUUUUUUACCUAAAGAAUAUGUCUUAAAACUUAAGAAAAUACCUCAUAAUGGCCAAAAAGCUUCACCUAAAAUGAUAGAAAAAUUAAGCAUGAUAAUUCAUAUGAAUAACCCAACAGCCGAGUUUGUUUCUAUUGGUCGCCUUGAUAAUCACAGACUAGAUUUCAUCGGAUAUUCAAAGUUUUGGGGAGGGCCUACAGCUACACCUGUGCCAACAGCUAAUGCACAUAUUUGGGGUGUUAUUUGGCGUCUGCAUAUAGAUAAUAUUGCAUCGCUUGAUGAUCAGGAAGGCGUUGACAAAAACAUUUACUAUGUGAAACAUGCUGAAAUUAUUACCCCAUACAUAGGAAAACUUAUGUGUCGGAUCUACGAGCAUACAGUAAUUCCUCUGCCUAGGGGAGAUAAUGACGAGAUUCCUAUAGAAUUCUGGCCGUCUUGGACUUAUAAAGAAGUCAUACUAUUGGGUGCUGAAGAGCAUAAUCUUCCCGAAUAUUAUAUAGAAAAUUUGAAAAAUAUAAAACACAAUGGCGAACAGGGAUGUUUCUAUAUGGCUUGUUUAUUAAAGCAGUAUGCUAAAGCGAAGCCCUGUGAAUGCAAGCCAACUAUAAAAAUACUUAGAAAGCCUCUAAAAUUAGAUUUGAAGCAGUUACGUACAAAGUAA